GAAGACUAGAAGAUGAAUUUGGAGCAGGAUAGGUCCUUCAUAUGCAAUGCUCCGGGCUGCUCGCAGCGAUUUCCCACUGAGGAUCAUCUGAUGAUUCACCGGCACAAGCAUGAAAUGACCUUGAAGUUUCCAUCAAUAAAAAAUGAUAAUUUGUUAUCAGAUCAAACUCCGACUCCAACGCGGUUCUUGAAAAACUGUGAUGAAGUGGGCCUUUUCAAUGAAAUUGACUGUUCCUUAGAGCAUGAAUUUAGAAGCGCCCAAGAAGAAGAGAACAGUAAGAGGGGGACUAUCACCAUGCAUAAUACUGUUGGAGGAAUGACUGGACCUGCUUCACACCAGCUCUCAGGUUCAAGAAUGCCAAAUCAUGACACCAGCGUUGUAAUCCAACAAGCUAUGCCAUCUCCACAGUCCAGCUCGGUCAUAACUCAAGCACCUUCCACAAACCGCCAGAUCGGGCCUGUCCCGGGCUCUCUCUCAUCUCUACUGCACCUACAUAACAGACAGCGACAGCCCAUGCCUGCCUCAAUGCCUGGUACCCUCCCUAAUCCCACCAUGCCUGGAUCCUCUGCAGUAUUGAUGCCUAUGGAAAGACAGAUGUCAAUGAGCUCCAAUAUCAUGGGGAUGCAGGGCCCAAACCUAAACAACCCUCAAGUCCCUCCAAUGCACUCAGAAGCCAAAAUGAGAUUAAAGGCAGCUUUAAGCCAUCAUCCAACAGCCAUAUCCAAUGGGAAUAUGAACACGAUGGGCCACAUGAUGGAUAUGAUGGGUUCCCGACAGGACCAGACGCCUCACCAUCAUAUGCACUCUCACCCGCAUCAGCACCAAAGCCUUCCACAGCAUCAUACAUACCCGCAUCAGCAACACCAGCAUCCAGCACACCACCCUCACUCCCAACCACAUCACCCACAAGGCCACCCUCACCAUCACUCCCACUCACACCUUCACGCACAUCCGUCACACCAUCAGACAUCACCACACGCUCCUCUGCACACAGGCGGACAAGCACAGCUUUCACCAGCAGCACAGCAAAUGCAGCCCACUCAGACAAUACAGCCUCCUCAGCCCACGGGAGGCCGUCGCAGGCGGGUUGUGGAUGAAGAUCCAGACGAGAGGCGGCGAAAGUUUUUGGAAAGGAACCGAGCAGCUGCCACCCGAUGCAGACAGAAAAGGAAGGUCUGGGUGAUGUCACUGGAAAAAAAAGCAGAGGAACUUACCCAGACAAACAUGCAGCUUCAGAAUGAAGUUUCCAUGUUGAAAAAUGAGGUUGCACAACUGAAACAGCUGUUGUUAACUCAUAAAGACUGUCCAAUUACUGCCAUGCAGAAAGAGUCCCAGGGAUAUUUAAGUCCUGAGAACAGCCCACCGGAGAGUCCUGUUUCAGCCUGCUCCCAGCAACAAGUCAUCCAACACAACACUAUUACAACAUCUUCCACUGUAAGCGAUGUAGUGGGAAGUUCCACUCAUAACCCACUGACCAAUCACAGAACAGACAUGAAUCCCAUUCUCUGAAAUGAUGGAUUCACGAACUGUCGUCGGGAGUUCGGUAUUUUAUCAGAUCUUCCACUUUUAUGAACUCUUUCUCAACUUUGUUUGAAACCUGGAAGUCUCCUCAACUCUGAAAGACCUUUGGAUUUCCUUUUUUUAUUGUUACUAUCUAAAAUGUGUUGUUGUUUUUUUUACUUACAAGAAAGGGAUUUAUGCAAUUAAUGAUAGCAGUUACGUGAAACACUUUGAGCUUUCUCUAUUUUUUUUCUUUUGGUACAAGUUAUUUGUUUAUGAACUGAAGCAUUUAUGUACAUAGUUAUUUUUUUAUUAUUAUUGUUACUGUCAUCAUCUAACUGGCCUGAAACAGUAUUUAAACAAAUAGUAGGCAAACCUUUGCACCCUAACUGCUACAAAUCAACGCUUCUCACUCUUUGAUAACACUUGGUAACGAAAUCGAGGUCAAGUGAACCAAUGUCCCCCGUAUCCCUGCCCACAAAAUUAUACUUCUAUCACAAAAUAUAUUACAUAUAUCUCAGUAAAGAUGCUCAUGACUCCUAGGUGAUAUUGAUAUUAGAAUGCACAUAAUGACUUGGGUGAAAAAUAACAGGUGUCCCAUACAUUUUCUUUAAAUUACAAUCUGUCUAGGGAAGACAAGUAAAAGAGUUGAGAUUCUAACACAUUUUAACAUUUAAGAUCUGUUACAUUAUCCAUAAUAGCAUAACAUCAAACAUUUCCAUGCUAACUUAGUCCUAUGCGUGUUAU